UUUUUAUGGGUCACAUGUUUCAACCUAUUUCCUUUAUUGUGUUUGUUCCACCAUGGCUUUUGAAACGCACUGUUCUUCUCUUUGUAAAGUAUUAGCACUCAGUUUUGCACUGUUCGGCCUUGUUGCUGUGGGAGAAGGUCGGUUCAAGGGCUUCAGGAAGUUUGAUGUGGUGCAGGAUUCCAGCCAUGGAGCUAUGUCUAAAGAGCUGUGGUUCAUCCAGAAACUGGAUCACUUCAAUGGUGCAGACAGCAGAGUUUGGAAGCAAAGAUACUUUGUAAAUGAGGACUUCUACAAGCCUGGAGGUCCAGUGUUUCUAAUGAUCGGUGGAGAGGGCCCUGCAAACCCAGCGUGGAUGAAGGAAGGCACCUGGCUCACCUACGCUCAGAAACUCGGAGCCCUCUGCUUUAUGCUCGAACACCGAUUCUAUGGGAAAAGUCACCCAACAACGGACCUCAGCACAGACAACUUGCGUUUCCUCAGCAGUCGCCAGGCUCUGGCUGACCUUGCACACUUCCGCACUGUGAUGGGGGAGAGCAGGGGGCUGACCAACAGGAAGUGGGUGGCUUUCGGCGGGUCGUAUCCAGGUUCUCUUGCUACUUGGUUCAGACUCAAGUACCCUCACCUGGUGCACGCCUCUGUGGCCACGAGUGCACCCGUGUUUGCCACUGUCAACUUUCCAGAGUACUUGGAGGUUGUGUGGCGAUCGCUGGCCUCAGAAAAUACAGAUUGCCCUGUGCUUGUGAAAAAGGCUUCAGAUACCCUUGCAGAACGCCUGAAAGACCCGAAAACCUUUGAAAACAUCACCAAAGAUUUCAAUUUAUGUUCCACACUGCAGAUCCAGUCAGAGAUGGACUCUGCCUACUUCCUGGAAUCGGUGGCUGGCAACUUCAUGGAUGUGGUCCAGUAUAAUGAAGACAACAGAGGAUUUGAGGUAAGGGGGGGGGUUUUGGGCACCAACAUAACCAUUAAGGUGCUGUGUGACGUGAUGGGUGACGCCUCACUGGGAGAUCCUUACACCCGCUAUGUUGCUGUAGCUCGCCUCAUGAUGGACACGUACUCUGUGAAAUGCCUGGAUGUCAGCUUCAGUAACUACGUCAGAGACAUGACGAAUAUGUCCUGGGAUGGGCCGGCUGCAGGAGGAGGGAGACAGUGGGUCUAUCAGACCUGCAGUGAAUUUGGAUUCUACCAGAGCACAGAUUCACCGAACCAGCCAUUCACCGGUUUCCCUCUGGAUUAUCAGGUGAAACAGUGUGCAAGCUUCUACAACAUCAGUGCUAAGGAGGUGGCAGAGGCCGUCGCCCAGACCAACGAGUAUUACGGCGGCUACGACAUCCAGUCCAGCAGAAUAGUGUUCCCCAACGGGUCCAUCGACCCAUGGCAUGCUUUGGGGAUCACUGCGGACAUCGCAGCUGAGCUCCCUGCUGUCUUCAUUAAAGGGACUGCUCACUGUGCUAACAUGUAUCCAGCAAGGAGCCAAGAUCUUCCCCAGCUAUCUGAGGCUCGGGAUCACGUCUUUCUGCUCCUCCAGCAGUGGUUGAAGUAGUGAUUGAAGGCUCCUUCGGCUUUACAAAGCAAACGCAUCACUUCUGAUUUCUGAAAUUAAAACUUGAUUUCUUACUGUACUGCCAAAUUUUCAGCUCCUUGAAGUCUUGUAAUGCAACUUUGCACGAGUUUGAUUUGGAAAAGUUCUUGUUUUUAAUGUGUUAAAAUUUUAAAUCAGUUUUUAAAUUAUUGAUAUUAAAUUUGAAUUAUUUUUACCUCUCAGUCCAGUGUAUUGUGUGACACUGUAGAAGAAAUACAUACUAUUUAGCAGUCUGAUAACACCCUGGUAAGGGACAAAAAAGUUGUUGCUCUGUUUUGGUAAAUUGAAUUUACCACUAAGACAUAUCUGAAAAGAUGUUUACAAAAAAAAACAUAUUGUUUCAUGAUAUAGUUUGCUUUUUAAAUAAAAUAUGUGGUAUCACACUCUACAUUGAGCAAUCAUACCAAUAUAACUGAUCACACUGUUGUUCCAUCUCAAUGUAAUUCAAACUACUGAACAUCAUUUUGAAGUAGGAAAUUUCAGUAGAUUUCAAAAUGUGGCUUAUCACAAAGUUGAUCAAAAAUAACCAAUGCUAAAUCAUCCUUUGUUUUCUCACUCAUUUUGCAAUAUGAGGAAGGGAGGCAGAGGCAGCAUUUUACAGUUGGGACCUGACUCAGUUCUUGUGUUUGAUGGGGAUACGUGUCCAACCAGCAUGCACUAGUACAUGUCAAAAAAUUAGAAUAUUGUGUAAAGGUGCAAUAUUUUUUGCCAGUCAUUUCAGAAAGUAAAACAGUAACUUUAUAGAUUUAUUAAACUGAAUAAAAUAUGUCGAGCUUUUACUUUUUGCAAUUUUAAUGAUUAUAGUUUGCAGGUAAAGAAAAC